CUGUCCUUCCCCGCCCCCAGGACUCGGCUCUCUCAUAAAAGGGCCGAGCAGCCGCGCUCCCCUGGCCGGGGGUGCGGAGAGCAGGGGGGACCAUGGACUUCAUCAGCAUUCAGCAGUUGGUGAGCAGAGAGAGAGGUGAAAGGAAAGCGUCGAGGUUUGGACCUGAAGUUCCGGAUCCUGGUGGCUGGCCUAUGGACUGGAGGCUGGGCCCCCAAGAGGCCGUGGCCCGGGAGAAGCUGAAAUUGGAAGAAGAGAAGAAGAAGAAACUGGAAAGAUUUACCAGCUCCAGGCUGACUCUGGAGAAUCUGACUGACUUGGAAAAUUUAGUUCAGAGACGGAAAGAAAAGCGACUGAGACUGAGACGCAGAGUCCCCCCCAGGGAACCUGAGCCCGAGGUGACGCUGCAGCCCCAGGCCCAGCUGGAGCCUGUGGACCUGGAGACAUUCCUGAAGGCGGCUGCUGAGAACCAGGAGGCCCUGAUUGACAAGUACUUGACCGACGGAGGGGACCCCAAUGCCCAUGACAAGCUGCACCGCACAGCCUUGCACUGGGCCUGUCUGAAGGGUCACAUCCAGUUGGUGAACAAGCUGCUGGCGGCCGGCGCCACUGUGGACGCUCGGGACCUGCUGGACAGGACUCCUGUGUUCUGGGCCUGCCGCAGAGGACACCUGGACAUCCUCAAGCUGCUGCUUAACCAGGGCGCCCAGGUCAAUGCACGGGACAAGAUCUGGAGCACCCCCCUCCAUGUGGCCGUGCGCACGGGCCACUCCAACUGCCUGGAGCACCUCAUCGAGUGUGGAGCCCAUGUUGACGCACAGGACAAGGAAGGGGACACGGCUCUGCACGAGGCCGUGCGGCACGGCCACUACAAGGCCAUGAAGCUGCUGCUGCUGUACGGAGCCAAGCUGGGCGUGCAGAACGUGGCCUCCAUGACCCCAGUGCAGCUGGCACGAGACUGGCAGCGGGGCAUCCAGGAAGCGCUGCAGGCACACGUCGGGCACCCCCGCACCCGGUGCUAGCGCCCGGACCUGUGGGUCACUCUCAGUCACCAUUCCACACCCGCUCCCGGCAUCUGCACUGUGGCCUCGGCCCUCAGCCGGACUCCCCCGGGGCUCUGCCUCCUGCCGGAGCUUGAGGUGCAGACAGAGCCCUGCAGGUGGAGCAAGCCUCCCAGUGUGCCAGGGUAGCCUGCUCCCUGCAAGGCCUGCAGCCAGGAAGAGGGAGGCAGGGGUCCAUGGGCAGCAGAGUGCAUCCAGGGUGGGCAGGAGUGCCCCAGGAGCCAAGGGUGGGCAGGAGCAAGCGGGCCCAGGCCCAGCUACCAGGCUGGGCAUCAGGCCUCCUCAGUGUCCACUGUCCCCGAGCAGGAGCCUGACCCUCCCCCUCCAUGGGGCCAGUCUCCUGCAAGUGGUGGUUCAGGUGUGGCCGGCAGCUGCAUCUAGGACAGAGGAGGGGCCACCAAGCCAGCCCAGGUGUCAGGAUCUGUGCCCUGUGCCUUGAGGCGGGGUCCCCCAGGGCCUGGGCCCCUACCAGCAGCAACCCUGGCAGGGUCUGCAGUGGCUCCAGACACCUCUGGUCUUCAGCUCUGGAGGUGGGUUCUGGUGGUUUGCAGGGGCCCUUCAGCAGGGGUGAUGCCCCUCGAAGCAGACGCCAGCACCCGCCGGGUUGCUCCAGAGCUGAAGGCUGAGGCGCUGGAGCCACAGUUCUGGGGGACCCGUGCCCCUCUGCCUCAGGGGCCAUCGGCCUGCCCGCGCACUGUUGGCAGUUGGCUGGCGGCUCUCCGUGUGGGGCUGGGGAGCCCGGGCGCCGGGGCUUGUUUGUGGCCCACUCAACUCUUGGGGCGGUGGCCCGCAACCUCGGGUGCCUGAGGCUCCCCCGCCCCCAGGCCUGGAGACGCCCGCCAGGCCCCCAGCUGCGUCCACUCUGCUCGGCCACCUGCAGGGUGCACGCUGAGGAGGCCUGCGCUCCUCCACAGGGACACAGGGAAGGCAAGGCUCACGCCCCAGAGUCCCUGCCUGCCGGCUGCUGGUGCCACAGGACCCCCCUCGCCAGCUCCCAAGACCCCUCCCCUCCAACUGUGCUUUCUUUCUGACUCCACUGGUAGAGACCGGAGCUACUGGCAGGGCUGGCUCCUUCAUGCCAGAGCGUGGACCCUCAGAGCUGUGCCCUCGACCAGCGCCCCGGGGAGGGGGGCCGGGCUCCCCUCGGCCCCCUCAUGGCCCUAGUUGCGACAUCCAUUCUGCAGCAGUUACUUUUACUUUUACUUUACCUUUGGUGGCCUUCCCAGGCCAGGACAAGACCAUUGUUACCACGUGAAGAGGCUGACUAGAGCGCCCCCCAGGGGCCACACACCUCUCCAUGGGCCUGCGCACGCCCAGAUGCUGGUGCUUGGGCACAUCAGGCACGGGAGACCAUGGCAACGACAACUCCUCAUCUACAAAAUGAGGACACUAAGUGACAGACGAAAACACCUUUUUAUACAGAUCAGUAAUUUUUGCUCAUUAAAUUGACUGAUUAUUCAUCACA